AUGGCAAGCCAAGAAAAUAUGAAGACCGUGAGUUUAUCGAAAGUCCAGGGAAGAGACUCUCUAAAAAAUGACAUUUUCUUCUUUUCGAACGGAGAUCAACCCAUCAUUAGUAUUGUUCUCUUCUGUGGUGACUUACAGAAUGAAUCAGUUAUUAUGUCUGCACACAGCCAAUUCGGGAAUCUUGCAGAAAAGUGGAGCUUCGAAUCCGUUGCGAAACUCCUGCUUGACCGAGUCGGUUCAAACACUGGCGUUCAGUUGUGGAUUAUUCGAGCUUCUCGCUGGUCGCAAAAUGCAUUCGCUUUUUACGACAAUUUUGUUCGUUACAAUGCGGCUGGUGCACCCGACUAUUCGGGAAUCAAUAAUGUCGGCGGAACUUCAUUUGCAGCUUGGCGCCACCUAGAUGCUCUCAUAACUAACGCGGUUUCUAGGGUUGAAGGCGCUUCAAUUGGCGUUCCUUUUGCUGUUAUUGGGUUCUCAAAGGGUUGCUCUGUUAUGAACCAGCUCAUCUAUGAAAUGGGUUUGUUUUACGAUGAGCGAGAGUUUAUUGAAGAUCUACAAAUUCCUUCCAGACUGUCUUCCUUAACUUGGCUAGAUUCUGGUCACAACGGCGUCAAUCAUCUCUGGCCAACUUGGACUGCACCUCUUGCUCGUCUCCGACAUUUCUCAUCUCUUCCCAAGUUGUUUAUCUUUGCUACACCAUAUCAACUUUGCAGUGGUAGACCUUGGAACUUUCGUGAUUUUAACACUUUCCUACACACGCUUCGGACAUUUAGAUUGCCUUUCUAUUCGGACACUUUCUUUAAUGGUGUCCAUUGGCAAUGUCCACCCUCCGACGGGAUCCAAAUGCUUACUGACGUCAGUAUUGAGGCGCAUUUUGAAAUUCUUGAGUGCUUUCCUAUUCAUCUUUGUAUUUCACCGAAUUCUACUGAUUUGCUAUGA